CAUGUCCUGCAAGAGGGCAGGAUGAUGGUUCAUCUGGUAAUCAAAUAGUGGAUCCAGCAUUAUUGAACUGAGCCUUUCCCAGAAAAAAAGGUUUUCCCAUAAAAAAAAAAAGGGUUUUCCCAGAAUAUUCGAGAGAGAUUUUUCAAUAUUUCCCAGUGUCAUAUGGUGAAAGCCUCUUUAAACGCUUUGAAUCUAGUCAUCCAAUAAACAUUAUCUUAGACGCAGUUUCGAUGGAAAACCCAGUGCUACAUCCUUAUUAUCUUCUCUUCUUGCUGUUUUUUCUUAGUUUUGUUCAUCACUCAAGCCAGCAGCUACAGCCCUCCCAAUCUGAUUCCUUUGUGCUAAUCCAGCAGCUGCUUAACUACCCUUUACUUGUUAGCAACAGCAGCUCUAAUACCAACAAAGAUUUCUGCAAUAUCGAACCAACUCCAUCUCUAACUCUGGUUUGCUAUGAAGAUAACAUAACCCAGCUUCACAUUGUCGGAAACAAUGGGUUCCCUCCUCUGCCUCAAAAUUUCUCCACUGACGCUUUCUUUGCUUCUCUUGUUAAUUUAUCAAGCUUAAAGGUCCUGUCUCUGGUGUCUCUCGGCUUAUGGGGGCCGCUGCCGGCAACUAUUGGUCACUUAUCUUCACUGGAAAUACUUAAUGUAAGUUCAAACCACUUCAGUGGAGCCAUACCAGAGCAGCUUUCUUCUCUGAUGAGCCUCCAAACACUUGUGUUAGAUCAUAACAGCUUUACUGGUCAAGUUCCAGGUUGGUUGAGUUCACUUUCUCUUUUGGCUGUGUUGAGCUUGAAGAACAAUUCAUUUAGUGGUUCUCUGCCAAAUUCUAUGACUAGCAUGGAAAAUCUUCGAAUUUUAUCGGUUUCAAAGAAUAAUUUGUCAGGAGAAGUGCCUGAUUUUCAUAGCUUGACAAACCUUCAAGUUGUGGAUUUACAGGACAAUUAUUUUGGACCUCAUUUUCCAAAUCUGAACAACAGGUUACUGACUAUAAUCCUCAGAAACAAUAGCUUCCAAUUUGGCAUCCCUUCUGAGUUGGUCUCCUACUAUCAACUUCAAAGGCUUGACAUUUCCAUGAAUGGAUUUGUAGGACCUUUCGUUCCAUUAUUAUUGUCCCUCCCUUCUAUAAAUUACAUCAAUAUUUCACUGAACAAAUUCACAGGAAUGCUCUUUGAAAAUAUCUCCUGCAAUUCGGAUCUUUCAACUGUAGAUUUAUCCUCAAAUCUUUUGAGUGGAGACUUGCCUACCUGUCUUAAAUCUAGCUCCAAGUCCAGGGUGGUUAUGUAUGCUAGUAAUUGUUUGUCCUACGGAGAGCAAAAGCAACAUCCCUCUAAUUUCUGCCACAAUGAAGCACUAGCUGUGCAGCCUCAUGAUGAGGAGAAGCACAGGAUGCCUUAUGGUAAAUCAGUUCUUGCAUCGAGCAUUAUAGGAGGGACUAUUGGAGGAAUUACAAUUGUGGGUCUGGUUUUCUUGGUUGUCGGAAGAGGACAUAGUCUUAGGCAUAUUGUGAAAAAACCUAAAGCAAAGCUAAUUCUGGAGAAUGUGUCAACUGUAAACACAUUAAAGCUGAUUUCAGAUGCAAGAUACAUAUCACAAACAAUGAAACUGGGAGCUAGCCUUCCUGCUUACCGUGCCUUUGCUUUGGAGGAACUUAAGGAGGCAACAAAUAAUUUUGAUGACUCAAAUUUACUGGGUAAUGGUUCACAUCGUAAGAUUUACAGGGGAAAGCUUCGGGAUGGAAAUUUUGUAGCUAUUAGAAGCUUGAUAGUGAAGAAAAAGCACUGCCAACAGACCAUUACUCAUCACAUUGAGUUGAUCUCGAAACUCAGGCAUAGCAAUUUGGUCAGUGCUCUUGGACACUGCUUUGAUUGCUGUUCAGAUGAUUCAAGCAUCAACAGAAUCUUUCUGAUUUUCGAGUUUGUUCCAAAUGGGACACUAAGAGGCUACACCUCUGGGCUUUCAGGGAAAAAGAUGACUUGGAAACAAAGAAUAGGAGCUGCUAUUGGAGUAACAAAGGGUAUUCAGUUCCUGCAUACAGGGGUUGUCCCUGGUGUAUACUCUAACAAUCUGAAGAUAACAGAUGUUCUAUUGGAUUAUGAUCUUAAUGCAAAAAUCAGUAGUUAUAACCUGCCACUAUUAGCAGAUAGUAAAGGAAUGUCCUUUAAGGUGGGUGCUAUACUUUCAUCUCCAGGACCAAAACAAAGCAUUUCAACAAGCUCCACUGAAUGCAGGGAAAAUGAUGAUGGUGAUAAAGAUGUGUAUGACUUGGGAGUAAUCUUAGCUGAAAUCAUUGUUGGGAGACCACUCAUGUCCCUGGAUGAAGUAGCUGUAACAAAAGAUUUACUCCAAGUAAGCAUAGGAGUUGAUGAAAAAGCUCGAAGGAGCAUUGUAGAUCCAGCAGUUGGCAAGGAAUGUUCAGACGAAUCAUUAAAGAUAAUGAUGGAGUUAUGUGUUAGAUGUCUGGUAGACAAGCAAUCUGAUAGGCCAUCGGUUGAGGAUGUUCAGUGGAAGUUACAUUUUGCAGCUCAAGUUCAGGAAACUUGGAAGGGAGAUCACUCCCACAACACUCAAGAUUCAGACAUCUCAUGUUCCCAAGUUUAACAAUCUAGUUCAUAAUAAGUUUCAUGAAUUUGAUGUUGAUAUAUUCAUAUCUCUUCUACUUGCUAAUUAAAGUUUUAUGGUCACUCGAA